AUGUUAUCUCCUCUCAGUGCUAAUAUCUACAUCCCAGCCCUGAAUAAUAUUCAACAGGACAUUGGGACAACAAGUGAACUGAUCAAUUUGACAGUGACAGUUUAUAUGAUUUUUCAAGGACUAUCGCCUGCUUUCUGGGGUUCUUUGGCUGAUCUCUGGGGACGACGACCUGUAUACCUUCUUACUGUCUUUGUUUACUGUUUAUCGUGCAUUGGCCUUGCUUUGAGUCAUGUAUACGGUUUAUUACUCUUUUUUCGUAUGUUACAAGCUUUUGGUGCAAGCUCACUCAUUGCCGUUGGUGCUGGAGUUGUUGGUGACAUUGCCGAACCUGCAAAACGUGGAAGUUUUUAUGGGAGUUACAGUAUGGGACAACUGAUAGGUAAUAUAUAUAAUGGCUAUACAAUGAAGAAUUCGUUUCUGACGCUCUUCAAUAGAUGGAUUUUUUGGAUCUUAUUAGUUUUUGCCAGCAUCUGUUUCUUUCUCACGCUUUUCUUUGUACCUGAAACUCUUCGAUCUUUGGUGGGAAAUGGAAGUGGAUAUGCCAAUCCGACACCAUCUCAAUGGAUUCGACAUCGGCGAGAAAAGAAACUGAACCCUGCCAACGCAGAAACAAUAAAUACCACCAAAUCACGCUUCUUACAACAACCCAACUUUCUUGCGCCAUUUUUAUACCUUUUUCAACUGGAUGUGCUGAUAGGAUUAAUCUACGUUGCUAUUCUUUACAGUUGUUAUUACUGCUAUCUUGUAUCUACCACCAAUCUUUACGAUAAAAUUUAUGGUUUGAACGCAAUCCAAAUUGGCUUAUGUUUUAUUCCUCAAGGUGUUGCAUGUGUUAUUAGCUCUUAUAUCUCAGGAAAGAUAAUGGAUCGCGAAUUUACAUCGGUAUUGAACAAAUACAAACAAGAUCAUCCUGGUGCCAUUAUUGAUCGUGGCAAGAUUCCUUUAGACUUCCCUAUUUAUCAUGCUCGUUUUCGAAUUAGUUGGAUCUAUGCUGUUGCUAUUCAAAUUGUUACUCUUGGUUAUGGUUGGGCACUUCAAAACAGUGUUCAUUUGGCUGUGCCUAUUAUCCUUCAAUUCAUAGUUGCAUUUUGUAUGGUAGGAUCUAUGAAUGCUAUGCAAACAUUAUUGGUGGACCUUUUUCCUGGUCGAGGCGCAUCCAUUACAGCAUCCAACAAUUUGGUUCGUUGUAUUCUUGGUGCUGUUAUCACAGUAUGUAUUGAUCCUGGCAUUCAAGGUGUUGGCGUUGGAUGGUUUUUUACAGUAAGUGGAAAACAAUAA